AUGGUAUUUCCAAGUGGUACAGCUGAUAAAUUGAUUUGGAAUUUUGAAAGAAAUGGGCUGUUUUCGGUUAAAAGCUGCUAUAGGCUGAUUAUGGACCUCUCUCGGCUUGAAACUUCUGAAUCCUCUAAUGUUAGAUCUCAGCAGAAGUUAUGGAAAGCUUUAUGGAAGAUGCCGGUGCCAAAUAAAAUUAAAGUUUUUGCUUGGAGAGCUUGUAUGGAUAGUCUUCCAUCUAAAGUUAAAUUGAUGCAGAAACAGGUGCAAGCUUUUUGGGCUCAGUUUUUCCCUAUGUUACACAAUCUUAGUCCUAGUAGUUUUGUUGAGUUGGCUAUGCAGUUUGUUGCUGGACAAGAUUUGUCUAAUUUGGCAAGAUUUUUCUGUUUUGCAUGGGGUUUCUGGUUUAGGAGGAAUAAACUUGAAUUUGAUCACAAAAUCCUCUCUCCUUCUCAUGUCAUUUCCCUUUCUUUGGGUCUGUUACAUAGUUAUAAAGCUGUGGUGAUUAAAUCUCGGAUGCAAGCCCGGUCUCAUUUUAGUUGGAAAGCUCCCCCUGUAGGUGUGCUGAAACUUAAUACUGAUGGUGCCAUUUUUUCAGAUGCUCAUAAAGCUGGUAUUGGUGCUAUAUUGUGUGAUUCUUCUGGGCAUGUUCUUAUGGCUGUUUCAAAAAUUGAGCUAGCUUUAGAAGAUCCUAAAACCGUGGAGCUCCUGGCUGUUUUCCGUGGCAUGCAAUUGUGCAUUUCAAUGGGCAUCUCGGCUCUUGAGGUGGAAAGUGAUUGCUUGCUCCUUGUCCAAGCUUUACAACAGGAAGAUAUGUCAAAUUCUUUGCUAGGCAAUUUGUUUUCAGAAGUGAAACGUUUAUGUAAUUAUUUUUCAAGUGUUUCCUUUGUUCAUGUGUAUAGAGAGGGCAAUAGAGCUGCUCAUCUACUUGCUAGAAAUGCUUGGAGAGUAGAAGAUAUUGAUAUGUGGUGGGAUAGUAUUCCAGACUUUCUUUCUCAAGCCUUAUGGUUUGAUAAAUGUCUGUAA